AUGGAGGAAAGAGGACUACUUCACUCUGUUAUCGGAGACCGUGCGGUAUUGGAUAAGAUGCUUACGAACAAACGUGUGGGAUUCUAUGCUGGAAUCGACCCGACUGCUCCGUCGAUGCACGUCGGACAUAUGCUUCCAUUUAUGGUUUUAGGUUGGGCCUAUGUUCAUGGCAUGAAAGCUGUCUGGGUUUUGGGUGGUUCCACCUCCAGAAUCGGCGACCCUACAGGGCGAACGACGGCACGUCCAAUGCUCAACAACGCCUCCAGAAAAGCGUACAUUGCCAACAUGCAUAUGCAACUCAAAAAACUUGGGGCUUCAUUCGAAAGAUAUGGGGGGAAGCACGGGUAUUCCUGGGAGUGGGCCUGGAGACGAGCUCUAGAGAAUAAUAACACUUGGUGGAAUAAAGAAACUUUGAUUGAAGUUUUGAAUACGCUUGGACGUCAUGCCAGGAUAGGAACUAUGCUCGGACGUGAGCCGGUGAAAACUCGGCUUGAGAGUGGAGGUGGGAUGUCAUUCACCGAAUUUUGCUACCCGAUAAUGCAGGCAUGGGAUUGGUGGCAUCUUUACCAGAAAGGAGUCACAGUUCAAGUGGGAGGUUCUGAUCAAUCCGGAAACAUCCAAUUCGGGAUUGAUACCAUUAAACAAGUAUUGAAAAAUUCACCAAUCGAAGGCAAACAAGAUGAAGAUCCCGAUCUAUCGACGCCUAUUGGAUUUACCGUACCGUUACUUACAACCUCAACGGGUGAAAAGAUCGGGAAAUCUGCUGGGAAUUCGAUAUGGCUGGAUAAGGAUAUGACAUCAACUUAUGAUCUUUACCAGUAUUUCAUGCGCCAACCUGAUCAAGAUAUGGAGCGACUACUGAAGCUCUUCACCUUCAUUCCAAUCGCUCAAAUCCAAAAAGUUAUGGAAGAGCACAACAAAGCACCUUCGCUUAGAGUUGCGCAGCAUACUCUUGCUCAAGAAUUCGUGGAGCUUAUACAUGGGCCCAAGGAUGCGCAAGAGGCAUCGAAGGCCCAUAAAGCCAUAUUCCAGCCCCAGGAUUCACCAUCACACGCUAAACCAGAAGCAGCUUCGAUACCUCUGACGCCCUCUGGAAUUCCUGAAUUUAUCAAUUCCGGGGUUAACCCCAAAGCCCCCCAGAUGAACGCAUUUACCGCCCCAACCCCUCAUUUAACUCUCCCCCGCUCGAUGGUUGUUGGGCAGUACUUCCACAAGAUUCUUUACGCGGCAGGAAUGGUGUCUUCAAAGCAAGAAGGAUACCGGAUUAUCGUGAAUAACGGAGCAUCUGUGGGUUGCAUGGCGAGCGGUGCUGAACAGAUGGGCGAUGCCCUGAGUUUCAUCCCUCUUAGAACCUGGCCCGCAGAUGUCACCGAGAAGUUUAUCAUUGAUGGUAGUCUGUUGAUUUUGCGGAUCGGGAAGUGGAGGGUCAAAAUUAUCAAGAUUAUCGACGACAAAGAAUUCAAGGACCAAGGACUCACCGUUCCCCAAGAAGACGCUGCCGAACCAGAGCCUUCAGCUGAACAACAUGAGGAUAGGAAGUUAAUGGCGGAAAAGCGCAGAAUCUCCGGAAGACAGGUCAGGCGGCCGCCCGUUGCUGGGGGUCAGAAACCUAAGAUUGUCUCCCUCAAUGACUGGACUGCUCAGAAGAGGCGAGAAGAACAAGUUGAAGCGGCAAGGGAACGAGAUCAACGACAAUCUUGGCCGUGA